AUAGAAGAAGAUGCUGAGAAGAUUCGGUGCAUAAUUCAAGGAAAUGAAUAACUAGAAAAGUUGUUCUGCUUCUUGAAAAUGUCAGAAAUUUCCAGCGACAGCGACUCAUCAUGCGGCUGGACAGUUAUCAAUCACGAGGGCUCCGACAUCGAAGCAGUGGCACCUGACUCUGACAGUGCAAGUGGCCAUGAGGAACUGGCCUCAGAGGAAUUUCCAUCCCUAACCCAAGCAGAGGACCAGCGAGAGCAGGCUGCUAGCCUGCAAGCUGACUUUGGCCAGGGUGAUGUAUCACUGAAAAGAGCUACAAACCAGCCCCCCGUGGAGCCCAGCGAGCUGGUUCCUGGGGAUGAGAAAGAAAAAUUGCUGGAUGAGACUUCCUGUGUGGGGGCAGUAAGUGAUGAUUCAGACAUUGUGACUCUGGAGGUGCCGAAGGUGGAAGAAGUUGGAAGCCAGGAAGAAGCUGCCUCGGGAGAUGAGGAAGGCCAAGCCUUGGAGAAUUUCAACAUGGGUUCCUCUUCCAGCAGCCAGUACACUUUUUGCCAGCCAGAAACAGCCGGUUGGUUGGAGCAGCUUUGGACGGUCCCGCGGUGUGUGAGUGGAUGGGUUUUUCCGCUGCAGCCAACUGGUGAGGAAUCCAGCAGUGAUGAAACCAGCCACUGCCCCAGCCCUGCCUUGAGGCGCCGGCGUGCAAAGAAGAGGCUGCUCUCAAGUUCAGAGUCAGAGGAAGGCCUGCCGCCUCACGACCUAGAGAUCAAGCAGGCCAAGCACCUGCUGAGCAGCGGCCUGAACAGAUGCAUUAUCCUUGCCUUGGUGAUCGCAGUCAGCAUGGGGUUUGGGCAUUUCUAUGGUACAGUUCAGAUCCAAAAACGGCAGGAACUGGUGGAGAAGACUCACGAAGAUGAACUGAAUGAUAUGAAGGGGGAUCUUUUGCAAUGCCAACAAGAAGAAGGAAGUAAAACACAGUGUGGGUCUCUGAAGGAGGGCCUUGCAACUUGCUUGCUUGCCACGGAGAUGGAAAAGAAGUCCUUUGACUCUCAGAAAUAUCACCUUGCUUCAGAAAAUCAGCACUUGAGGGAGUCUUUACAGAGGGAGGAAAAAGCAUUGGCAUUGUUACAGGAAGAGCUGAGGAAGCUGAGGGAACAAAUAAGACACUUGGAAAGCAAAGGCCCCAUCCCAGAGUCACUGAUUGUGACUGAAAAUCAAAAACUCAGAGCACAUUUGGAGGAGGAAAAACAUAGACUGCAGAGUUUUAUGAAACAAAAGGAGACGUUGCUGGCCGAAGCCCAGAUGCUGAGGAGGGAGCUCGACAAAGAGCGUCAAGCGACGGUAGCCCUUCGGGAAACACUGGAAGAACUGAGUUCUCAGCAAGUGCCACUGGAGGCAGAGGCCAGCUCACGCAAGAGCCAAGAGGUGGAAACUCUGCGAGAUAUGUUGACCGAGCUGGAGAAGAAGCUCAGCUUUGAACAGCAGCGGUCAGAUUUGUGGGAGAAACUGUAUGUUGAAGUUAAAGAUCGUGCAGAGAAGCAAGAGAGAACAGAAAAGGCCCAGAAGUCAGCUGGGAAAGGAGGCAGCCCAAGUAAAGCCAAGCCAAAAGCGACCUUCUUUGGUUCUGUAAAAGAAACGUUUGAUGCUAUGAAGAAUUCUACCAAGGAAUUUGUACGCCACCAUAAAGAGAAAAUCAAGCAGGCCAAAGAAGCCGUGAAAGAGAACCUGAGAAAGUUCUCUGAUUCUGUCAAGUCGACCUUUAGACAUUUUAAGGACACAACAAAAAAUAUCUUUGAUGGAAGAGAGAAGAAAAGGUAUGGCGACAGAAGACACGAGACUAACAGAAAAGGGAGGACGAUGCAUCAGGCAGACGGUUCCCACGAAGGGCCAGUGAAGCCAGCACACCACAGAGCCCCGGGGAGCCAGAGGCAUUUCAGCCGCCAGAGAGAGUCUGAGGAUGCCAGGCCCCUUUUGCCCUUGUCUGCAGACGCUGCUUCCAGGGAGUGUCCCAAAGGCCCUGCAGGGAGCCAGAAACACCACACCCUUCUAAAAGGAUGUUCUGGCAUUUUUGACUGUGCCCACCAAGAAUUUGUUAGCCUCUUUAACAAAGUACUGGAUCCUAUUCGGGCUGAUGAAUUUAAUCAAUUAAUGCACAAAUAUUUGCAGCAAGAAGUAAAGAACUUUCAUCACUGGCGAGAACUGGAGAUUUUUGUCAACAAGUUUUUCUGCAAUGGUGUCUUCAUCCACGACCAGAUGCUGUUCUCAGACUUUGUCAGUGACGUCAAGGACUAUCUUGAAGACAUAAAAGAAUACCAGAGACACAGUGACAGAGCGUUUGAAGACUUGGACAAAUACAUAUACCAGUACUACUUUCAUUAUGAUCAGUUACCUCAGCACGCACCCAGCUAUCCCAGGAAGACGUCCUCUUUUGCACCCCCUUACAGCCCUCAGCAGGAAAGACACGUCCCCAAGCACCAACAGCGUUACAAGAGGGAAGGCCGAUGGCAAAAACAAGGGCGCGGCAGUGGAAGGCACACAGCAAACCUGGAGAUAGAAGUGGGCCGACUUCCUUUUGACCCCAAGUACUGAAGGGUCACAUGGAGCCCUGCAGGCUGGCAGCAAGAGCUCCUGGUCAGCCACCGGGAGAGCUUUCGUCAGGGCAACUUAAGGCUGGCUUCCGUCAGCUUCAUCUCCAUCUUUCUUCCUGCCUUGCAGUCUUUUUGGGAAGCAUUAAUUGGCUGCUUUCUACUAUUGAAAUAAAUAAGCAGGGUAAGCAGUAGUUUUAGGCAAGUUGUAAAACAAGCUUUUUUGCACUUGUUGGUACUUGAUUCUGAUAUUACGUGGGACUGAUUUCAUCUCAUGCUCUCCAGAAGCACAUCUUUUAUAGCUGUUUAAUUAUUCUGAUUGCGAUGGGAUUGUGUGGCUGCCUUCUGAUCAUCUUGCUUUUAAAUUUUCUUGCACAUCUGUACAUUGAAAAAAAAUAAA